AUGGCCUUUGUGUUCUCUCUACUGACGGCCCUGGUGGUGUUCAGCUGCGGCCCUGGGGGAUCUCUGGGCUGUGACCUGUCUCGGAACCACGUGCACGUCAGCAGGAAGAACCUGGUGCUUCUGCGUCAGAUGAGGAGAAUCUCCCCUUCCUUCUGUCUGAAGGACAGAAAAGACUUUGGGUUCCCCCAGGAGAUGGUGGACGGCAGCCACCUGCAGAAGACCCAGGCCAUCUCUGUCCUCCAUGAGACGCUGCAACAGACCUUCCUCCUCCUCCACACAGAGCGCUCCUCUGUUGCCCGGGACUCCACCCUCCUGGACAAGCUCUGCUCUGGACUCCAUCAGCAGCUGGAAGACCUGGACCCCUGCUUGGUGCAGGAGAUGGGAGAGCAGCCAUCCUCCUUGGGAAUGGCCAUGAAGAAGUACUUCCAGGGAAUCCAUCUCUACCUGAAGGAGAAGAAACACAGCAACUGCUCCUGGGAGAUUGUUAGAGUGGAAAUCAUGAGAGCCUUGUCUUUCUCAACAAACUUGCAAGAAAGGUUAAGAAUUAUGGAUGCAGACCUGGGGUCACCUUGACAUGAUUCUCACUGACUGAGCUGCCAUCUCACCCUUGAACCUUCAUCUUCUAUCAUUUCA